UAUACGGUAUACCAGUAGUCUGUCUAGUACUCGAAAGACAGGUCUUCUCAUUUGGUGCGAUUUCUCCCUCCUCUCUCUUCUGUUCAUACGAAACCCUAACUUCUUGAUCCCUCCAUUUUAUUCAACCCAUGCGUACAGAAAGUAUGUUCUUCCAUAAACCCUAACUUCUGGUAUCUGGAACCACUCCAUUAGGGUUUUGACAGAAUCUCACCCUGAUAUCAAUACCUUAGAUUCUCCUGUCAUGGAGGAACCCUUGGCUAAGCGGUUUAAGAGAAGCGAGGAUGAUUACUUACCAGGAAACAUUACCAUGAUUGAGCUUCAUAACUUCAUGACAUUUGAGCAUGUAACAUGUAAACCUUUUCCUCGUCUCAACAUUGUUGUUGGACCCAAUGGAUCUGGAAAGAGUUCCCUUGUUUGUGCUAUUGCCCUAGGUCUUGGUGGAGAGCCCCAGCUUCUUGGAAGAGCUGGACAGAUUGGGGCUUUUGUGAAACGUGGGAAGGCAUCUGGUUUUAUUAAGAUAACACUUAAAAGUGAUCGUAAUGGGGAAUCUAUAAUCAUUACGAGGAAGAUAAACACAGAGAACAAGUCCGAAUGGCUGUUCAAUGAUAAAGUAGUGCCAAAAAGAGAAGUGUUAGAAAUAAUUCAAAAGUUCAAUAUCCAAGUUAACAAUUUGACUCAGUUUUUACCUCAAGAUCGGGUAUGUGAGUUUGCUAAGUUAACUCCUGUACAACUUCUUGAAGAAACUGAGAAAGCUGUUGGUGAUCCACAACUCCCAGUUCUACAUCGGACUCUCGUGAAUAAAAGUUCUGAAUUUAAGAAACUUGAAGUGGCCGUCAAGCAAAAUGGAGAUACUUUGAAUCAAUUGAAGGCGCUCAAUGCUGAGCAAGAAAAAGAUGUAGAGCGUGUUCGUCUAAGAGAUGAACUUCUGGCAAAGGUUGAAUCUAUGAAAAAGAAGUUACCGUGGCUCAAAUACGACCAAAAAAGGAGUGAGUAUAUGGAUCGGAAAAAGGAGGAAACUGCUGCCGCCGGACAUUUGGAAGAAGCUGUUAAGGUUCUAAGUAAUCUCCGAAGACCCAUAGAAGAACAGAAGAAAGCUAAAGCAGCACAAGAUGCCGAGUGUAAGAAAAUAAGCAAUCUCAUAGCCAACAAUUCUACGAAUCGUACCGAAAUGUUGGAUAAAGAAAGUCGUUUGGCGGUGCAAGUUCGGGGAAAUUAUGACGAAAUGGAAGAGCUAAGGAGGCAAGAGGAAUCUCGUCAACAUAGGAUCUCAAGAGCCAAAGAAGAACUUGCAGAAGCUGAACAAGCACUUGAGAAUUUACCCAUGUACGAACCUCCUACGGACGAGCUUGAAGUGUUACGCAAACAAAUAGUGGAGUUAGAAAAUUCUACAAAGGACAAGAGGUUCCAGAAGUCUGAAAAGGAAAAUCUUCUAAACCAGAAGAAAUAUAAUCUAAACCGGUGUUCAGACAGCCUUAAGGUUAUGGAACAAGCGAAUAAUAAGCUUCUGCAAGCAUUGAAAAGUUCUGGAGCUGACAAAAUAUACGAGGCUUAUCACUGGUUACAAGAACAUCGGCAUGAGUUUAAAAAGGAAGUGUAUGGUCCUGUCCUCCUCGAGGUCACUCUUCCCAAUCGAGAUCAUGCAAUUUAUUUAGAAGGUCAAGUUGCAAAAUAUAUAUGGAAGUCCAUCGUAUGUCAGGAUCCAGAUGAUAGAGAUUUCUUGGUCAGCGGCCUUAAGCCAUUUGGUGUUCCUGUUCUAAAUUAUACAGAAGACAGAGGAAAUAAUAGAAGACCUUUCGACCCUUCAGCAGAGAUGCGCAAGCUUGGCAUCUAUUCCAGGCUUGACGAAAUUUUUGAUGGACCUAGCGCUGUUAAGGAGGUUCUGAUUAGCCAGUCUGGACUGGAUGCUUCAUAUAUCGGGAAUAAGGAAACUGAUAGACAGGCUGACCGGGUCAACCAACUUGGUAUUCAGGAUCUUUGGACUCCAGAGAACCACUACCGAUGGACCAAGUCUAGAUAUGGUGGACAUGUAUCCGCAAGUGUUGAUUCAUUGUCUCCUUCACGUCUUCUUUUGUCUAGUGUAGAUGCUGGUGAAAUUGAAAAACUUAGGUCAAGUAAAAGAGAGCUGGAAGACGCUAUUACUGAUCUGGAAGCACUCUGUAGAAAACUUCAGAGUGAGCAAAACCAAUUAGAGAAUGAAGCAGCUAAAUUUCGAAGGCAGCGUGAAGGUAUUCACAACACGAUUCAGCAAGAGAAACGGAAAAGUCGCGAAAUGGAGAACCGUAUCAAUCAAAAAAGAUUGAAAUUAGACUCUAUCUCUAGGGAGGAUGACUUGGAGUCUAACCUUAAAAAGCUUGUUGAUGAAGCUGCCAAAUUGAACACGCAGCGGUUCCAUCUUGCAGUUGGCAUGAAGAAAACGCUCGUAGAGGCUGUUUCUUUUAAACGGAGCUUUGCUGAAAAUCACCUGAGGUGCAUUGAGCUUGAAGCCAAGAUCAGGGAGAUGGAGCGCAAUAUCAAGGAACAAGAGAAGGCUGCUAAAGAGGCAUCCUUGCAUUUUGAGACUUGUAAGCAGGCAACAGAGAGGAGCAGAGAACAACUCUCUGCUGCCAAGAAACAUGCUGAAUCAAUUGCCAAGAUCACUCGCGAACUGUCACAGGAAUUUCUUGAGAUGCCUGCUACGAUCGAGGAUUUGGAAGCUGCAAUUCAAGAUAAUAUUUCUCAAGCAAAUUCCAUUCUAUUUCUGAACCACAAUAUUCUGGAAGAAUAUGAAAGCCGCCAGCAAAAGAUAGAAGCCAUUGCUAGGAAGCUGGAAGCUGACAAGGAGGAGCUAAAGAGGUGUGUGGCUGAAAUAGACACCUUGAAGGAAAGAUGGCUCCCGACGCUAAGAAAUCUUGUAGCUCAAAUAAAUAAGACAUUUAGUCAAAACUUUCAAGAGAUGGCUGUUGCAGGAGAAGUUUCAUUGGACGAGCGUGAUAUGGAGUUCGAUAAAUUUGGGAUACUUAUCAAAGUAAAGUUCAGACAAGCUGGACAGCUUCAAGUCCUAAGUGCUCAUCAUCAAUCAGGAGGGGAGCGCUCUGUUUCUACUAUUCUUUAUCUGGUUUCUCUUCAAGACCUUACAAAUUGUCCUUUUCGUGUGGUUGAUGAGAUCAAUCAAGGGAUGGACCCUAUCAAUGAACGGAAGAUGUUCCAGCAGCUAGUGAGAGCAGCCAGCCAGCUCAAUACACCACAGUGUUUCUUGCUAACCCCAAAGUUGCUGCCGGAUUUGCAAUAUAGCGAAGCAUGUAGCCUGUUAACCAUUAUGAAUGGCCCUUGGAUCGAUGAUGUUACGCAAGCAUGGAGCGGGGGUGAUAGUUGGUCAACGGUAAUGGGAUUGGCUGGAGAGAGAUUACAUUGAAUGACGAAGAUGUCUCUGAUUAGAAGACACCAUCUGAAGGGUAAACUGGUAACAGAAGGACAGUUCUUAUGAUAGAAAAUCUAUAGACAAGGAACCUAGAUUUGUGUUUUUUGCAAUUCUUGGUAAACUGUUGAAGAAAAUUCAGAAUCUUUUUGAUAGAAUUGUAGAACGGAGUGGCAUGUCAUAUUUUUAUACUCUCAUUUUGUGUGUACAUAAUGUUGUGGGUAUGUGUCCGAGUCCAACUCUAGUGUGCCAACACUUAUAUUUUGACAUGCGUUUAUGAGAAUCUGGCUAUUUAACUUCA